AUGGUGAGGCCAUAUAAGGUGACGGGACAGAAGCGAAAGAAGAAAGAGAAGUAUGAUAGAGAAGAAGAAUAUGAACAGUUAGAUGACAAUGAUAUACCACAGUCACCAAAGAAAGCUAAAACAGAGGGCUUAGAGGGCUCGGAGUUAGACAAGGAGAAAGCAGAGCAAGUUAUUGAUGAAAUGCCCCGAAUCCCGAUUGUCCCGACAGACAUGUUCAAAAAGUCCAGGGAUAUUUUUAUUCUGGAGCGGGCUUCUCUUGAAAUUAGUAAAGUUGGAAAGAGUUAUCAGCUUUUGAGUUCGGAUGAACAUGCGAAUUAUUUAAUGAAGAAUAAGCGAAAACCAGCAGAACAUUGCUUUUCAGGUCUGUUUGAGGCCAUCCAGACAAUUUUAGAUAGCCGCGUGAACAAAAGUGGAAGAUUGAAAGCUUCGUAUGUGAGGACACAGCAAGGUAUUCUCUUUCAAAUCAAACCUCAUGCACGUAUGCCGAGGACAUAUAAGCGCUUCUCUGGUCUCAUGGUGCAACUGCUACAAAAGCUGCAUAUCACUGCAGCUGGAAAGGGUGAGAAACUUUUACGUGUCAUCAAGAAUCCCGUAACCCAGUAUUUGCCCAUCAACUCUCGUAAAAUAGGCUUCUCUCACAGUUCGGAGAAGUUAGUGGAUAUGUAUGACUAUGUUAGUACCGUUGACAAUGGCAUGGACCUUGUUUUCGUGGUUGGAGCAAUGGCCCAUGGGAAAAUUGAUAAAGACUAUGUAGAAGAUUAUCUAUUAAUUUCUGAAUUUCCAAUGAGCGCCGCAUACUGCAUAUCAAUAAUAACAACAGCAGUCGAGCUCCAGUGGAAGAUUUUGUGAACUUGUACUCUUUCAGCCUUCUG